AUGAAUAUCAAUUCAUUCCUUUGGGGAUUAUUAUCCCUCUUGUUCUUGUUCUCAAAACCCUCUUUUCAAGAAUCAUCUAACCCUUCACCGGUCCUAAACCCUAGGCUGCAAAAUGCCUUUAUAGCCAUGCAAGCAUGGAAACAUGCCAUCACAGAUGACCCUAAAGGCUUCACUUCAAACUGGAAUGGCCCCGCGGUCUGUAAUUACACUGGAGUUUACUGUGCACCGGCUCCGGACGACCCUUAUAUCACAACCGUUGCCGGAAUUGACCUAAACCAUGCUGGCAUAUCUGGUUCACUGCCUGAAGAAUUAGGCCUCCUAACUGACCUUGCUCUCUUCCACGUAAACUCAAACAAGUUCUGUGGUACACUUCCGGCUAGUUUUCGUGAUCUUCACCUUCUCUAUGAGCUUGAUGUAAGCAAUAAUGUGUUUUCUGGUGAAUUCCCUUCUGUUAUUCUAUGUCUUCCUUCACUCAAAUUCCUCGAUAUUCGAUUCAAUAAGUUCAAGGGAAAGAUCCCUUCAACACUUUUCAACUUGAAACUCGACGCCUUGUUCAUAAACAACAAUAAUUUCCAAUCUACUUUACCAAAAUAUCUUGGCAACUCGACCGUCUCAGUACUUGUCCUAGCAAAUAACAAUCUGCAGGGGUGUUUGCCUUCAAGUAUAGGCAAAAUGGCAAAAACCCUGAACGAAAUUAUUCUCAUUAACAAUGGAUUAACUGCUUGUUUGCCAGAAGAAAUCGGAUUGUUGACAGAGGUGACAGUUUUUGAUGUUAGUUAUAAUAAUCUUGUUGGGACACUGCCAAAAUCUAUGGGGAAUAUGAAGAGUAUUGAGCAGCUAAAUGUCGCACAUAACAAACUUUCGGGUGAAAUUCCAGACAGUAUUUGCUCCUUGCCGAGGUUGGAGAAUUUCACAUAUUCAGAUAAUUACUUCUGUAUUGAAGCAAGUUCAUGUCUCAAGUUGAAAGAUAAAGAUGACAGGAAGAACUGUAUACCCUAUAGGCCUAAACAGCGCUCAGCUGAGGAAUGUAAGGCCUUUUAUUCACAUCCUGUGGACUGUAGUGCUUUUGGUUGUUUACCACCACCUCCGCCGCCACCGCCGCCUCAGCCAUCUCCUCCACCACCACAUCAUUAUUAUCAUUAUCCAUGA